UUCUGGCUCGAAGCCCCUCCGUAAACCCUGAGACAGGUCUCAGAGCCGACCGCACUGGCAGUUCGGCACCCCACAACAAUGUCAACAGAUCCCAAAGGGUUCGCAGACGCCUACGAUAUUCCUACGCCGCUCCGCAAGGGUAAGAAGAAGGUUGGAUGGAGAGAAGAUGGAUCGGGACAGGCAUCGGAGAGGUCAUCAGCAAACCUCUCAGCUGGCCCGGCCGGCAGAGCGGCUGUCUCUCCCAGCAGCGGCGACUUGCUCAUGAGCGCGGAUGCGCCUUCAUAUUUUGAACACUCACCUCUGGCAUCGCCAAUCCCGCGAGACACAUCCACUCCCCCCGGAGCCCCAGACGCCCAGGAAUUGAGACUUGCCUUAAACAAGGUGCUGCUGACUGAGGAGGAGAGACAACCGUUCCCUCAUCCGCAGACGUCACCGGCAGCCACACCGAACACUGGAGAAGCUUCUGCGGUCCCGAGAUUUCCCAGGCCUGCCCUUAGGCGCAACACCAGCUACAAUGCCCAGGAACAGGAGGAAGCAGACCAGGCGGAGAAGCAUGCCACGGAGCGGCAGCUUCGAUCCAUGACCGACGCACGGCAGCGCGCGAAUCUGUUGGCCGUGUCGGUUGGCGCGCUCUACUCGCAAUCUGCCCCGGGAUCGAGACGCAACUCCUUGGAGCGUGAACGGUCAUUCCAGCAAACGCUGCUCAACUCCCAUGCUAAAAACCACCUGUUCCACCCGCAUCACUCGCCGACGUCCGGACGAACAACUCCCGUGACAAUGCAGAACUACGUCCAGGACUACGUCCCCCGGCCCGUUUCGUAUCGUGGAGGAAUCCUCUCUUCGCUGCUCAAGCUUCAUAUGCGCGAUGAGAACGGCGCCAACCACAAUCCAAGUAGCAGCGGGUUUACCACUCCGACUACUGCGCCCUCGACUCCCAUGAUGUCGCCGAAUCCCUCGCCCCCGUCCUCGAGACGCCCCUCAACCGUCAGCACCGUCCGAUCGCGCUCCUCCAGCCGGCUGAGAGGCUACCACAAGUCUCACGGCUCCACCUCGUCGAUUGCCUUGUCCGAGCUGCUCAAGUCGUCGUCCAUGUUUGCUGCUCCGGGAUCCACGGAGAUCUCGGAUCGUCUGGUGGAGAAGAUGAAGAAGGCCAAGUCGGGAAGGCCAAAGAAGGACGACGUUCGAAUCAAGGUCCACAUUGCUGGCAUCAUCUCACGCCACAGGUACCUGCUGAAGCUAUGCCGCGCCCUCAUGAUGUAUGGCGCCCCGACCCACCGCCUCGAGGAGUACAUGGCGAUGUCGUCGCGAGUUCUCGAAAUCGAGGGCCAGUUUUUGUACAUACCAUCCUGCAUGAUCAUCAGCUUCGACGACAGCACGACACAUACGGCGGAAGUCAAGAUUGUCCGAGAACCCCAGGGGAUUGAUCUCGGCCGCUUGCGAGAUGUCCACAACGUCUACAAGGAUGUCGUCCACGAUAAGAUUGGCGUGGAGGAAGCGACUCGCCGCCUCGACGAGGUCAUGAAGCGAGGUCCCAAGUUCAAGACCUGGUUCCGUGUCUUCAUGUACGGCCUUGCUUCCGUUUGCGUUGCUCCUUUUGCCUUUGAGGGCCGCUUUAUCGACCUGCCCAUUGCAUUUAUCCUGGGCUGCCUGGUUGGCAUCCUUCAGCUGGUCCUCGCUCCUAGUAACCCGCUAUACUCCCACGUCUUUGAGGUUUCCGCUGCUCUCGUCACGACCUUUUUGGCUCGCGCCUUUGGAUCGAUUCAGGGCGGAAAGCUGUUCUGCUUUAGCGCUCUGGCCCAGAGCAGCAUUGCCCUAAUUCUGCCCGGUUACAUGGUCCUCUGUGGAUCCCUCGAACUCCAAAGCCACAACAUCGUUGCCGGCAGCGUCCGCAUGGUCCACGCGGUCAUCUACACCCUCUUCCUCGGCUACGGAAUCACUAUUGGAGCUUCCUUGUACGGCAUGCUGGACAGCAACGCGGCGAGUGCGACCCACUGCAACAACCCGCUCAGCGACAACCGCGGAUGGAAUUUCCUCUUCGUUCCAGGCUUCACGCUAUGCCUCUGCAUUAUCAAUCAAGCCAAGUGGAAGCAAACGCCGGUUAUGACCCUCAUGUCCAUUGCGGGCUUCUGCGUCAACAGCUACUCGAGCACCUUCUUUGAGAGCAACAGCCAGAUCUCCAACAUGCUGGGCGCCCUUACGAUUGGUCUCUUGGCCAAUCUGUACUCGAGACUUGGCCGACACGUGCAGAACGCCUGUCUGGACCUUGCCGAGUGGUGGCAGGCGCGCGUCCAGCCGAGGUUUUCUAAGAAGAAGCCGCCGAUGCCUCCGUUGCCCGACGUCGAGUCCAGCGCAGGACCUACCCCGGAAGAGCCAGAGCGAAAGCCCAGGAAAGUGGGCUACAGCCUUGCCGCCGCUGCCAUGCUCCCGGCCAUCUUCGUCCAAGUGCCCUCCGGUUUGGCAGCGAGCGGUUCGCUGCUGGCUGGCGUCAACUCGGCAAAUCUGCUCAACAACAACACGGCCCAUUCCUCCGACAACCAGGUCGAUGGCACCGCCUUUACUGUUUUGUUGAGCGUCAUUCAGGUGGCAAUCGGCAUCAGCGUCGGCCUGUUCAUGAGCGCCCUGAUUGUCUAUCCCGUGGGCAAGAGGAGGAGCGGAUUGUUCAGCUUCUGA